AUGAGUUCACACAGUCCGAACUAUACGACUGUGGAGGCAUUUAUUGCACAUGUAUUGGCCACAUGGGCCAGGCAGAAAGGGAGGUUCACGACGGAGAAGUUUAACGCGGGGCUAUGGGAAAUUAUUAAGGGACUAUUGGAGGAAUUUGUACAGCAUAUGGAAGAUAAGGCAGCUAGGGGUCUAAUAGACGUACUGGGUGCGAACUGUGAUAAUGUCUUUUGGGAUCAUAGGGACGACAGUAAGGCUUACUUAAAAGAUUUUACGGAGCAAGACAGAGUAACGUGCAGGAUCAUGUCCGCUGCAUUAACGUUCAUGAGUACAGUACGCGACGCAGGGCAACUUGGACAAACGAGGAAUGAAACUGAUAAGGACAUGAGACAAAUUUUAGGGUGCACGGUGAUGCAUGUAUUUGCGAGUAUCUUAAGAUCUACCACGUGUGCGGCUACGUCGAACGGCAUAAAUUAUGCGUGGAGGACAAUGAAGAGGGUAGAUGCCGGGUUCCGGGACACAGCAGGUGCGGGCGCACUUGCAAGCGCAAGAUGCGAGAAAGGCGGUUGGAAGGGAUUAACAAUAGGUAGCGGACAAAUUAGAACAGCAGUGGAUGCGUGGUUAUCGCACAAUACGGACUUAUGGACCAAACUGAGGCAACUGCAUGGCAAUGAGAACUGUAGACGCAACAAGUCAAACAACGAUGAAUUAGCAACAGGAGCGAAAGUGGGUCAAGGGGCAGGUGUCACCGGCAGUGCUGGCAUUGCGAAAGAAAUAGUGACAGUGGUGAAGGACGUAUUCGACAAGAUGAAGGACGACGUAAUAGAAAAAUCCAAGUCAUCGCCAGCACUACCAGGAGCAGCUGAACGAGGUGGAGCCGCGGGCGUAAGUGGCACUGGCGGCCUCGAACUGGGCAUAGAACUGCCCGAAGGAAAAAGCAAUGUAGGAGGAUCAUAUGGACCAGGUACCCCACAGGAUCCACAUACGCCACAGAACACACCCACGUCCCCUAGCCCUGAUGUCCCUGACCUAACCGGCGAUAUCCUUACCGCCACUACUCCCGUACUCUUCUUCCUGUCCGCCGUCACCGUCGCCCUUCUUGGUUAUUCCCUUUGGAAGUACUUUGCGUACCUCGGACAAACACGACGACGAACGUAUCGAACCGUUCGUGACGUGCCGUCACCGCCACUCGACGAAGAAAUAUUGCAACAUCUACAACGACGCGUGCCACCACCCGAUUACGGGUACAAAAUGAUUAAGGAUACGCACCCUGCGUCAACAUCCGGUACAGGACGCCCACCACGCGUGCAUAAACGCACCAUCAUCGAGCUAGAUCUAGAAGUGCUCCACGAAUGUGAAGCAACCGAGUGGGAAAGCGUCAAAGACCACUAUUUGCAGAUACUUGUGGAGGAGUUUGCGCGCGACUUGCAGCAGGACGCAAAGGGGUAUAGUAGUUUCCCGGAUGCUCCUACCACAAACCAGGAUUUAUUAGGAAACAAUGUUUCCUCCACCGUGGAUCCACCCACUGACACCGCUGUAACGGAUCCAUGUCCACCACAUGACCCCGAUCCAUGGAGUUGUAUGGAAGCCAUAGAGUUAGCAACGGACCCUUCUGCUUCUGACGCCGAUGACCCCGAUCCAUGGCGUUGUAUGGAAACCAUACAGUUACCAACGCACCCUUGUCCACCACAUGACCCCGAUCCAUGGAGUUGUAUGGACACCAUACAGUUAGCCAAGGCCCUUGGUCCACCUCAUGACUGCGAUCCAUGGAGUUGUAUGGACACCAUACAGUUAGAUGCACAAAAGCGUCGUGCUCAUUCCAACCACAGGGAGGCGACGUCGGCGUGCACCCAAUGGAUUAACUGGAUUGACCGCCACAAACAUAUUCUGCGGGCGUGCACGACGCAACCGUGGCUUUUGCAACUAAAGUCGGCAUGGAAACAAUACCUGCGUGAGCACAUGGCGGCAAACGAGGACAACGUGCAUCGUGAACUCAGUGAACAAAGAAGUAUUGGAUGUGUGGAAAUGAAGAAAGAUGCCUGGAAAAAGUGGGUCGUGAAGCAACAUCACGACAUGGCAAAGUAUAUCGAAAACGAUUGGUUCAGGCAUUUGUUAGAAAAUAUCGACCAGGAGACAGUACCGGACAAAGGCGCAGUACCUCCAGUAGACAAAGUAAUGGGAACAGAAGACACACUAAGAGUGAGAGAUUUGCCGCAGCCGCAACCACUGCAUGAGGAUUCCUACAAGCAGACACAACUAAUAGCCAAAUUGUGGAUGCUAAUCCUCGCAUUCGUCAUAGAACAGUGCGAGCUAGAAAGCCGCCUGCAGGAGAAGGAGUUAUAUGUAGAUGAACUAUUGGAUCACCUGUGA